UCGGUAUGCAACUACUCGCAGUAGCUGGUUAUGAUCCCCAAAAAGCUGUUGAACUCUGGUCUCUUUCUGCCGCAAUAUCUCGUAAAUCCACAGUAACGUCAAAUAUUCAUGAUGAUAGUGGAGCUGAAUCGACCCUUGUUGACGAGGAAGAUUAUGCAAAUGAAGUACUGAAAUCGUUAGAUUCUUAUUUUUCAACUCAUCCUUUAGAUGAAGAACGUGCAAAUUAUUUGAUUGACGCAUUGCCAGAUGCAGAGAAGCUGUAUGAGAGAGCAGUUGGUGAGAGAGGUAGGGCCAGGCAGUUUGAGGAAACAGAAGUUGAAGUUGUGGAAGGCUGGGGUAUCAAGAACUUAGUGUUGGAUUUGUGGGACCGAUUGACGAGAAAAAAGAUUCUUCUGAACGAACCAAGAGAAAAAAUCUAA